UUGUAGUAGAUUCAUUCAGCUUAUUUAUCUUGAUAUUUGCAGAGAUACUUAAAAAAUGCUUAGAAUCUUCCCUCGCUUUUUUAGUACAAGCUCUAGUUCACGGUACAGCUGCUGUAUCUCCUGUCCACAGAGAACCCGGAGUAAACGAAAUCUUACUCCGGGUAUCUGCAGUCUUACUCUUGAGACAGUCCGGAGCAGACGAAACCUUACUCCGAGAAUACUCUUAAACAGACAGAUUCUUCUCACAAGGCAGUUGUUGAAAGAUCCUUUUUAUGAGGAAGAUGAGCAGACUGAGCAGGAACAAAAUAAUCAACUUAUUACACAGAAAUAUUUCACCGUCAAUGAUGACAAUGAGAAGAAUAAGAAAUCCUUCGAAGGCGCCAUUGAUAUAUUUACGCAUAAAGAUAGCAGAAAACGCGGCAUGGUAGAAUUUAUUUACGGCGCACUUAGGAAUAUGGAAAAGUUUGGAGUUCAUAAAGAUCUGGAGAGCUACAAAAAACUUUUAAAUGUUUUCCCGAAGGGAAGAUUUAUCCCUGAAAAUAGAUUACAGGCUGAUUUCUUUCAUUAUCCAAAGCAGCAAGACUGCGCCACUAUGAUUUUAUGUACAAUGGAGAAGAACAAGGUUAUCCCGGAUGAAGAAACUGGGGAAAUUAUUCUUAAUAUUUUUGGAAAAAUCAGUGGUCCCUUCAAGAAGUACUGCAGAAUGAUGUACUGGCUUCCUAAGGUAUANACAUGGAUUGUAUCAGGACAAAGUGCUGACCAGAAAGAUCUAUUGGCUGGUCUACCAGAGAAAACCCCAGUUUAUGUAGAGGGGGCAUUUAGAGUCUGGUUAGAUAAUUUUCAGGUGAAUUAUUUUAUCCUUCGAGGUCCUCCUUGUCCUGCUCUUCCUCCUAUACUAGAGGAUACUGAUGAUAUAGAGGCUGUGAGAUUUGUUCAUGAACAGGAGGAUGGAACAAUUUUAGCAGUUGCAGCAACAGGGUCUUCAUCGAGGGAGAGUUUGCUGUCCUGGAUCCGGUUUCUGGAGAAGGAAAAUCCUGCUUUAUCCAAUCUGGCAGUUCUCUUCACCCUUCAAUCCCCUCUUGGUCCUGUUAUUCCUGUUCAAGAAUCAUCAGAACUCAGAUCAUAGUCCUAUUUUAUUUAAUCUUGCUGUUACUAUCUUCAGUCCAACCAUGGUCCUGUUAUUCCUGUUCAAGAAUCAUCUGAACUCAGAUCAUAAUCCUGUUUCCUUUAUCUCUCCUGUUCUCUUCACCCUUCAAUCCCCUCUUGGUCCUGUUAUUCCUGUUCAAGAAUCAUCAGAACUCAGAUCAUAGUCAUGUUUCCUUCCAUCUUGCUGUUCCAAUCUACAAUCCCUGUUAUUCCUGAUCCUUAAAUCUUAAAUCAUAGUCCUACAUCCUUCCUUCCUGUUCCAUUCUUUUCUUUUUUACUCUUAUAUAAAAUGUUCACACAAUAAUUGUGAACACAUAACUUGUCAUCGCUGAGCAAUCAUAUGUUCUUGUUAUUAAGUUAAUAAUUUAAUUGAAAGCUGGUUGCUUGAAAUCCUGUUUUCUUUUUUCAGAA